GUAAGAGUCACGCUCAUAGUAUGGUCAGUGCUUCAACGCUAUAUUCCAAGGUUCCUCUUCACACCUGCCUGUCUCAAGACCCCCAUUAUUUAACAAAGAACUUCCACACCAGCAAGCUUAUUAUAUACCGAUCUACGAUAUCUUAGCUACCAAAAUUUCGUUGAUUACACCUCCUUAACCGUCGACCUCUGCGAAUCCAUCAAGCCAAGCCAUGUCGUAUCCCGGACCUCUCUCCAACGACGAGGACAGCGCAUAUUAUUCGGAGUCCACAAACUCUGACGAAUCUGAAUCUUCCAUCACGAAAGGAGCCCUCAAGUUCAUCAUGAGGAAUUCUCACGCCAAGAAGCUCCAAUUUGAGAAGGUGGACUUCGAAAACGUCUAUGAAAUCGAAGACGCAGAAUGCAAAUUCCUCGGAAAUAUGCUCCAACCAAACGCGAAUGAAGAGUUCAGCCAAUAUCUUUGCGAACACGGGAUAGACCCCUUGGAAGAAUUGCGCUGGCUUGAAUCCCACUUUAUGUGGAGACUGGUACACUGGAACGAUGACGAACAUACGAGCAAGGAACUACGUGAGGGGCUGGAGGAUUUAGUUUCCCGCGAGAUGCUCGCAUGGUGGCUAGAACCCCAGGACAUCGAAUACUUCCACAGAUACGUACCUGACGGCGUGCAGAAGAGGUGUCUCGAAGCAGCACUAUUUGCAUGCAAGGAACGAGAAUACGAGUCCACGCUUCCUGAGAACAACGACUCCAGCCGCUCCCUCGAGAGAGAAGUCAUAGACGCCAUCCGGAAAGGCACGCCCAUGGAGAGCAUUGAAACCGGGAUCGAUGCGGUCCUGAAAUAUCGCCAAAAUGGCGGCAAAACGUUGACUUCGGAUCACAUCAUCCAGCAGAUAUACUGGCGCCUCGCAAAUUGGGAAGAUGAGCUUGUGAAGCCCCGGGAAUACUUCCCUCAGGCUCUCCCACGAGAGAAAAUGGCAUGGAUUCUUCAUGACGAGAUUGAAGGCCCACACGUCUUUAAAGGCGGCUACUGGGAACUGGAGGAGCGUUACAACGCUUGCAAAGAGGCUCACGGGAAACUCGAUGAAUCCAUCAGGAAAGCGAAGGUUGUACAGAAACGAGGGGGAAAGUUGCACGUAGAUAUCAACAAGGUGAAGAGGGAGCUAAAACAGGCCAAGAUUGGUAUGCGGCGUGCGGGGGAGGAAAUGACGGAUUAUAAAAAGGAGCGAGUGCCGAACGGACGGACGUGUACUGUCACGGGUUUCCCGUACGUCGGUUGUGAGAUCUAG